CCGGCGGCGGCCCCUCCCCAACUCGCCUGCCGGAGCUUUAGCCGCCCGCGAGCGCCGGAGGAGCUUCCCGCUGCCGUCCCGCUCUGACCGGCUGCGUAGUCCUCCCGGCCCCGCCAGACAGGUGCGGGGGCAGCGGCCCCUACUGCUGGGCGAUGGCCGCGGUGUCCCCGUCUUCGGCCGCCGCCAGCCCUGCCGACUCGCCGGCGUGCGCGCUCGGGACCCCCACAGCCUCCGCCGUGUCAAACUGGAAGAGAAGUAAAAUUCAACAAAAAGUUAUUAUGUGUGAAGUUCUUUCUUAAAAAGAAGAAAAAAGUGAUUACUGGAUUAUGGAUCGCAGCAAGCGGAAUUCAAUUGCGGGAUUUCCCCCACGAGUGGAGCGUCUUGAGGAGUUUGAAGGAGGUGGUGGAGGGGACGGAAGCGCGACCCAGGCAGGGAAAGUGUGGACGUCUUCGUAUCGAGCUCUUAUAAGUGCCUUUUCCAGACUGACACGUUUGGAUGACUUUACUUGUGAAAAAAUAGGGUCUGGCUUCUUCUCUGAAGUGUUCAAGGUUCGCCACCGAGCUUCCGGUCAGGUGAUGGCGCUUAAGAUGAACACGCUGAGCAGUAACCGGGCGAACAUGCUGAAGGAAGUGCAGCUCAUGAACAGACUCUCCCAUCCCAACAUCCUCAGGUUCAUGGGUGUGUGUGUACAUCAAGGACAGCUGCAUGCGCUUACAGAGUAUAUCAACUCUGGGAACCUGGAACAGUUGCUGGACAGCAACCUGCACUUGCCGUGGACUGUGAGGGUGAAACUGGCCUAUGACAUAGCAGUGGGCCUCAGCUACCUUCACUUUAAAGGCAUUUUCCAUCGGGACCUCACAUCAAAGAACUGCCUGAUAAAGAAGGAUGAGAAUGGCUACUCUGCCGUGGUGGCUGACUUUGGCCUGGCUGAGAAGAUCCCUGAUGUGAGCAUGGGGAGUGAGAAGCUGGCGGUGGUGGGCUCACCCUUCUGGAUGGCACCGGAGGUUCUCCGAGAUGAGCCCUAUAAUGAGAAGGCAGAUGUGUUCUCUUACGGUAUCAUCCUCUGCGAGAUCAUCGCCCGCAUCCAGGCUGAUCCGGACUACCUUCCCCGCACCGAGAAUUUCGGGCUGGACUAUGACGCUUUCCAGCACAUGGUGGGAGACUGUCCCCCAGACUUUCUGCAGCUCACCUUCAACUGCUGUAAUAUGGACCCCAAACUGCGCCCAUCCUUUGUGGAGAUUGGGAAAACCCUGGAGGAAAUUAUGAGCCGCUUACAGCAUGAAGAACUAGAGAAGGAUAGGAAGCUGCAGACUACCACUAAAGGUCUCUUGGAGAAAGUGCCUGGUGGGAAGAGACUGAGCUCCCUGGAUGACAAGAUUCCCCACAAGUCACCACGUCCCAGACGCACUAUCUGGCUGUCUCGAAGCCAGUCGGAUAUUUUCUCUCGUAAGGCCUCACACACAGUGAGCGUCUUGGACCCUUACUACCGCCCCCAAGAUGGUGCUACCCGCACCCCCAAAGUCAACCCUUUUAGUGCCCGGCAGGACCUCAAGGGUGGCAAGAUCAAGUUCUUUGACCUCCCUAGUAAAUCUGUCAUCUCCCUCGUAUUCGACCUGAAUGCACCAGGGCCUGGGACUGUGCCCGAGGCUGGCUGGCAGGAGCCCCCGGCCCCACCUGUCCGCCGAUGGCGUUCUUUGCCUGGCUCUCCCGAGUUCUUGCGUCAUAAAGCCUGUCCAUUUGUGAGUUGUGAAGAGUCACUGUCAGAGGGGCCUGCACCACGCCUCAGCAGUCUCAAGUACAGAGUCAGAGAGAUCCCGCCAUUCCAAGGGCCUGCCCUGCCAGCCGCUGCCGCCCAGGAGGCCAUGGACUGCUGCAGUCCCCAGGAGGAAAACGGUUUGGGCUCAUGUCAUGAAGGUGCCUCUGAGGAGAUGGAGGUGGAAGAAGAAAGGCCAGCAGGCUCUUGCUCUGUCUCAGGUGUGGGCCCGCAGACCCGGGGAGAGCAAGAUGGGUGAGGGAGGGCAGUCCCUACCUCACCUUGGGGAUGAGCCUUCACCUGAAGCCACAGAGCCCCCCCGGUGCACAGCCUUAACUCUUCCCUGGAGCCCGCAGUGCAGCCUGGCUAAGCCAAGCCACGCUCAACUUUUGGGCUGUCGGUGCCCAAUGGCUGCAUAUGAAAAGGGAGGCAGCAACAAAAAGCCUUCCUACUUAGGGGCAACUGCUGAUAGUAAGCCUCUGAAAUCCAGCAAGGAACUCUGGUCCUCACCUGAUGCCAGUGCAUUUCCCCAGACAGGACCAGGACCCCUAGUUCUAGGCCGAGCUGGCAAGCUGCUGUUACCCCAGUUCUGCUCCCAAACUAGAUCUCUCUUGCCCUCUGUUGGGGCAUAGAAGCUACUAGAGGUAAAGCGGAGCUGACCAGGAGGUAUAAAAACACGACUGUUUCUCAGACCUGAAGAUUGGGGUGCUUCUUGCCAGUAUGUCUAAGACACUUGAAUAACUGCUGUUUGCACUUACUGCAUGGUCAGACCACGUCACUACGUUUCUAUGCAAGGGGAGGGCAAGGCAGUGUGCUGGUCAUGGCUCUUAGCUAACCUAUUCAAAGACCUUUUCCAGGUGAUUAAUCUAUUUUCAUAUUUAUAAAGGAGUCUUAAUGUUCUGCCUCAUAAAACUUUCAACCUUGUGGUUGGGAGUGGGGCUAGUUUUGUAGGCCCUAGGGCCUGCUCUAUGUAUUUGUGAACAAAUACAUGCCGGUGAUUAAAUGGUUUA